CAGUAGUUACUCCAAAAAUACCCAUUGAGGAGUCUCUCUUUAAAAAUGUUGUCACCGCCAACAAGGAUCUCCCCAAAUCAGCCAUCAUCCGUCACCGACCUCGUCGUCGCUACACUUGCCCUCAACAAGUACACCCGGUCAAACUCCGUCUGUCACGCUCUUAACGGUACCGUCAUCGGUCUCGGUACUGGCCAGCAGUCUGACACCAGUCUCGAGUUGCCCUUCAAGGAAGGUAUCAAUCAAGCGAGCCGACAACAAGGCCAAUGUCAUCGGCAGAAUACCCAGCCAUGCCCAAUAUUUCGCAGCUAUUCCCAUCAAACACCCAUAUCGGCAUCCUUAUCAGUGUCUUCGAGGGCCUACUUUGGCGACGAGCUGUCACUCAUGAGGAUAAACCGAAUAUUUUUGUAGACUCAAUUCAACUAUGAAUGGCAGGCCAACAGGCAUGUCUACACAGUAUUUGUAACCUCCAGUCUUUAAGGCUUCAACUCCGUAAACUAGCAGAACUACAGUCAAAUCUAGACAUUUCAGGCCUACUACAGGCGCCCAGCAGUCAGCAACCCAACGAAUAGGCUUUUGGUCCUGAUUUUUUGCUUGUCCGAAUGAGGAUGAUUAAUUGGCAUUCGUAUAUCACUUACGGCACCUUGACUUUGCUUUAUUCGUUACACAACCCAAUAGACAAUAGGAAACCGACCAUCUUUACAACCACUGCAAUCAGAGCCUCCCCUUACUCACAGCUCCAACAAUCGCCAAAUACCACCUGAAAUAAUGUCCUUCUCAACAGCGCUCUCUGUCAGUGCCAUCACUCAUCCUCAGGCGAAUAAUACAGACGAUGAAGAGAAAGAUGCGAUACUCCGAAACGGUGUCUGAACCGCUUUUGAGAAGGGAUUUCUUGAGAGAGUUGCCGUGGGAGGUGGCGUUGCAUGUCUUGAGCUUUGACUUUCCAUUAAAGUUCCUCGUCCUUAUCAUGACUCAAUCUUCCGAGGACAACAGCGAAUUGCCGAGUACCUUGACACAAGAGGAGGGAAUGGAAUGGUGGAUGUAAUGGGAGUGAAUCAAGCGGAAUUCUUCUUGAUCAACGAUGUGUUAAACCAGAUGGCACAAAAUGUAUCCACCAGUGAGAUGAUUCAGAUCGAAAGGAUGGCCGUCGCGCUGUAUUACCUGAAGGGUGGUGUCAAGUUUGGGAUGAGGCAUACCGCAGAGUUUUGGCAGAGAAAUAUCUCAACAGUUUGGGCAUGCGUUCACGAUUUCGUCGAUGCCCUUCUCUCUGCGCCCAUUUACAGAAGAUUCAUUCAUCGCCUGACAUGUCAUUAUCCCAAACGCCCUUCUAGUAUAGCACGUGAUGAAAGAUUUGAGUCAUAUUUCGAUGAUUCUCUGGGCGCAACGGAUGGUUCACACAUUACUGUCCGUAUUUCCAACAGGACGUAUAUCGUUGUCGCAAGUGUGCGAUCACUGUGAACCUGCUGGCUGUGUGCACGUUUGACAUGCGGUUCAGCUUCCUGUAUUCAGGAUAUGAAGGACCGGCAAAUGAUGCAUGCGUAUUCCAUGAAGCGCGACGCCAGUCUUUUACUAUACCCAAAGGCAGGUAUUUCCUCGGUGACGCCGGGUAUCCGUUGGACAU